CACGUUCCGUUUCCGUUCAAGUUUCUUGCAACUGGCAACACAGUCAUUGACGUUUUUGAAUUUUGUGGAAGUGCGUCGUGUUUUGUUUGUAUUUUCGCAAGUUUAAAUUUGGAGGGUUUUACUCAUAGCAUAGCUAUAACUUUUCGGUGAAAUAUUCUCUCUAAAACGUGCAAUAAUAUUAUAUCGAAAUGGCUUUGGGCGGAGGAAUGUCGUGUGUGAAGUACCUUCUUUUCUGCUUCAACCUUUUAUUCGCGGUCACCGGAUUAAUCAUCCUAAUAGUGGGUGCGAAGGCUGAGUACAAUGCGUACCCGUACAUGGACCUGACGGAUGAGAAGUUCUACUCGUCUGCUCCGGUGGUGCUGAUCAUUGUCGGCAUCAUCAUCUUCAUUGUGGCCUUCUUCGGAUGCUGUGGAGCCGUCAAGGAGAAUCAUUGUAUGAUUACCACUUUCUCAGUGUUCCUGCUCCUCAUCUUCGUGGCGGAGCUGGGCGUCGGGAUCGCGGGCUACGUGAAGCAGAAGGACCUGGAGGCGUCGUUCCUGCGCUCGCUCAACGAGUCCAUCGCCGAGUACCCCACCAACAAGGACGUGAGGAACACCUUCGACAUCGUGCAGACUGAUCUGACCUGCUGCGGCAUCAACGGCCCCAAAGACUGGGCGACCAACAGCCUGCCCAUCCCGGACUCUUGCUGUGCCGCCCGCGAGAUCACGGCGGGGACGGCGGCGGCUUGCACGCCCGACACGGCGCACCCUGACGGAUGCCUCAACAAGCUCGUGGGACUGUUCCAGGAUAUCGCUGUCGUGCUGGGCGGAGUGGGCUUGGGGAUUGCGUUUAUUCAGCUCCUGGGAGUAAUCUUCGCGUGCUGCUUGGCUCGCUCCAUCCGCAGCCAGUACGAGACCGUCUAAUCUCCCCUCACGAGUCACGACCCUCGCUGCAACCCUAUAUUCCGUCUUAUAGUACAAGUGAUAUCGUUUCAUCAUAGUCACAUUAUUUACCCCCCCAAUUCUAUGUUCUCUAAGCUGUACAACAAUGAGAUGAUUUAUUUUUGUUAAUUGAAUUCAUUAUUUCAUAUUUAUACUUUUAUAGUUUACGAUAUAAGCAUAGUAAUUUUUGUAUAUGUGCUAGCAGGAUAGAUUGAUGAUGGAAUAGACUGUACACUUAAAUUUAGUUUAGAUUGAAGAACUCGAAUAUGAAGUCUUAAAUGUUUGUUUGGAGUGAAUUGCACAAGGAAUGCACUUUUAAUUUUGUCUAAUCAUAAUGUAUACGUGCUCAGUAUGUUAAAGACUGAACAAAUCUUACAGCCAAAUUCCUUUUUGAAAGACAUUUUAGAUUAUCGUGUAUUUCUCUUGAAAAUGGCGUGUUUAUGAAGGAUAACCUCUGUUCAAAACUUGUAUUCUUCAAAUAUAUCUUAGACAUAGAUGGUGCACAUAGAUUUUUCAAAUUAUUAAACCUAGAUCUAUGUAACAUUUAUAGCGUUUUCGAUGUAUUAUUUAUAUUAAAAAUUGGCAUUUUAUACCGCA